AUGCGUUCUACAUCAGGUCUUAAAAGUAAUCUUUUGCAGUUGAAAGGAGAAAUUUCGGUUCUGUUCUGGACAUGCAAAAUGCCGCAGUUCAUUCGGCUUCUUAGGAAUUACUUUGUAAACGCUAGGCAGCUAGAUUUUGCGGAAGCUUUCACAAUCUUCCAUCCUCGGAGGCAACUUAGUACUUGGCUAAGAGGACUGCGAAGUAGAGAAACUUCAAAUGUUGUAAGGUCAAGUAGAUACUGUUGCUUUGUUUGCUUGAAAGGGGGGAGACACAAACAUAGAGAUGGAGGUGGGGAUCUGAGUGCAACACGUGAAGGUGACAAAAUCUGGCUCAUUCGUGAAUGGAGUGACCAAGCUUUUGAUGAGGUUGUCUAG